GGCGUGCAUAUGGGGGCGGGGCGCCGGCACUAUAGGGCGGCUGUGACGUCGCCUCAGCCGCUCUGUCGUCGCCACCACAGGUGCCGCGUGUCAUUGCCGUCUCCUCGUCAGUGUCCGUAUCCGCCGCUGCCAGGCAGGCCUGAGACUCCAGAAGAAUGUUUUCCAAGCUGGCCAACGUGCAGACUCUGGCUGUGCUUCGGCGCGGCGUUCACGCCUCUGGGGCUGCCGCCGCGUCUGUGGCCACCAAGAAGACCGUGCAGGGCCCUCCGAGCUCCGAGCAGAUAUUUGAGCGAGAGGCCAAGUAUGGGGCCCACAACUACCAUCCUCUGCCCGUCGCCCUGGAAAGAGGCAAAGGGAUCUACGUGUGGGACGUGGAAGGCAGGAAGUACUUCGACUUCCUGAGCGCCUACAGUGCCGUCAACCAGGGGCACAGCCACCCCAAGAUCGUGGACGCCCUCAAGAGCCAGGCGGACACGCUGGCCCUGACGUCGCGGGCCUUCUACAACAACGUGCUGGGCGAGUACGAGGAGUACAUCACCAAGAUGUUCAACUACAACAAGGUGCUGCCCAUGAACACAGGGGUGGAAGCUGGAGAAACGGCCUGCAAAUUAGCUCGCAAAUGGGCCUACAGCGUGAAGGGCAUUCAGAGGUACAAGGCGAAGAUUAUUUUUGCAGCUGGGAACUUCUGGGGUCGGACUUUAUCUGCCAUCUCUAGUUCAACGGAUCCAUCAAGCUAUGAAGGCUUUGGGCCAUUUGUGCCAGGCUUUGAGAUCAUCCCCUACAAUGAUCUGCCUGCCCUUGAGCGUGCACUCCAGGAUCCCAACGUGGCGGCCUUCAUGGUGGAGCCCAUUCAAGGGGAGGCCGGCGUCAUCGUCCCUGAUCCGGGCUAUCUCUCCGGAGUCAGAGAUCUCUGCACCAAGUUCCAGGUUCUCUUCAUUGCUGAUGAGAUACAGACGGGAUUAGCCAGAACCGGGCGGUGGCUGGCCGUGGAUCACGAGAAUGUCCGGCCCGACAUCGUCCUCCUGGGAAAGGCCCUUUCUGGCGGCUUGUACCCAGUAUCGGCUGUGCUCUGCGACGAUGAAAUUAUGCUGAGCAUUAAACCAGGCGAACACGGCUCGACUUACGGCGGGAACCCCCUGGCCUGCCGCGUGGCCAUGGCAGCUCUGGAGGUUUUGGAAGAGGAGAACCUGGCUAAGAACGCAGACCUGAUGGGGACCCUCCUAAGGAACGAGCUGAUGAAGCUGCCGUCUGACAUCGUGACUGCCGUGAGAGGAAAAGGGCUGCUGAAUGCCGUCGUUAUCCGAGAGACUAAAGAUUACAAUGCCUGGAAGGUGUGUCUGCGUCUCCGCGACAACGGGCUCCUGGCCAAGCCCACCCACGGCCACAUCAUCCGGCUGGCGCCGCCCCUCGUGAUCAAGGAAGAUGAGAUCCGGGAGUCGGUGGAGAUCAUCAACAAGACCAUCCUGUCUUUCUGAGCAGCGUGUGCGCUGGUGCGCGUGCGUGCGCAUGCGCGCGCUGCAAAGCCCGGGCGCUCGGCGAGCGCGAUCACUCCCAGGUGUCUGUAUAAUAGAGUGAAAAUCCAGUCACCGCAGUUUGCUGUGUAACGUAACCGAGAAAUUCUGUUCAAUUCACUUUUGUCUUCUUUCUCAGCCCGACGGCUGACGUGUAUUUGUGUGUGGACGGCCUCCGAGGGCGGAAGUGGGGUGCGUGAAUACUCCCCCCUUAGUCACGUUCCCUUUCCUAGAGGGCCAAAGCUUUUGUCCCGGACCUUGACUCCAGGGCCGUGGAGGAGAGGUGGACGGAGAAGGGCCGGUGGCUGGGCUCUGGGGGCGUCGGAUCCACAGCUUGUUCUUGAGCCCGCCCGACGCGACGAGGAAGGCAUCUGGCAUUCCUGUGUGUGUGCGCGUGUGUGCGUGUGACUGUCCCCUUCAAGCAGUGCAGAGAGUGGACUCGGUCAUUCUCCUGCUGCCUUUUCUGAAGCUUCAAAAUCAUGUUUACACUAAAAAUAAAUAAAGCCUUUAUUUAAGA